AUGGAUGCAGCCAUGAUGGAUAGGAAAACUCAAAAACGAAGCUCGGGCCCGUCGCAGCCGGCUGCGCACUCUCGAAGCCCCGUAUAUCAUACCGCCACUGCUCCCUCUCGCAGUGUGUCCUCCAAACGCCAUCCCAGCCACUCUUCAGACCGUCCGCAACACCCGUCCCUUUCCCGUGUCAAGGGCCGAGCCAAUAUGUAUACGCCACCACGGACCACCGCCGAACUUUCAUGGCUGAGGGACCAGUCCCCGAGCAAGGAUGCCACAAAGACUCCUCCUCGAGCAUGCAAAACCCCGGAUCAAGGCACCCCUACACAGGUGAACCCUGCCUCGGCUCUUCUACAAGAUUUGUUGAAGGAACAGCGUGCACACCGGAGCUCCCGAGGCCCCGUGCCAGAAAGUUGGGACGAUAAUGGCCCACGGACACCGGAUGCUCCUCGGGUGCAGGAAGAGACAGCUUCGGAAAAAGCGCGCAAGGUCAACGAUGUCUUCUCAGCUGGACUGAGACAACCCAAGGAAAUGGCAAUGCGAGAAAUGGAUCAGUACGUUUCCAAAAUCAAUAAGCUCAACUUCGACUUGAAGCUCGAGAUCUUCCACCGCACACAGCAGAUGAGUGCGCUCGAGAAAAAGCUGGUGCGCAUGCAAGAAAUGGAGGAAGAACUUGAACGAAUGCACCGACUAGAAGAUGAAGUCGACGAACUGCGGGCUGCGGAGAGGAAGAACCAGGGUCUUCAGGAAUCCAACACUCAGCUCCACCGGGAGCUUGACAAGCGAGAUCAAGCAGUCACCGAGGCUGUGGAGCUGAUUUGCCAACUCGAGGGCAAAAUCGAGCAGUUGGAAACUGGUGGACGCACGUCGCAAAUGUCCAUAAAACCCGAGACCGUCGAUGGCUCGAAUGUCGCGACCCCGAAAGCCCUUUCUGCUAUCGAUAUUCCAGAAAGAACCUCGUCUAAGCGCGAUCAGAGUCUCAAGGCCCAGUCUGCUCGCCAGCGAUCUUCUGAACUGCGGCGACUGGCGAAGGGGCCGUCGUUUUUGCGGGCCAACAAUCACAGCACCGCAACUUUACGAAGCCUCUACUCCCCGGAGAUGAAUCAGUCGCGCACGGCAUUGACUGAGCUGACCAAGUCCGAGAGCUUCAACACAAUGAGUGAGGUUUUGGAACCUGAGUCACCUAGACUGAGUGUCCUCAGCGAGUGCAGCGAGCUGCAUCCGUACGAGAACAGUACCAGAUGGAACUCAUUCGACAAAUUGGAGAUACCAGUCCGGAAAGCACCGUCUACUACGGGUAGUUUGGACAGCUACGUGCCUCCGGCUGAACAAGAGGAGAGCAAGGGAGAUCAAAUUGAUAAGUGGAUGCAGCCACGACCAGAUAUGUCCGAGACGGUCAUCAUGAGACGACGGAAUCGAGCACACUCAGAUGCCUCGCAGACCGGCGCCCCGGAUCUCAUUCACGAUUUGUAUUCGGGCAAGCCCCGUGGGCGGCCGCGGCUUGAUGCUUCCCUCUUCGGGGGCGCAAGGCUCCCUCCCACGCCCGAUACGAUGAGCACGGCGCAUGUCGCAGCAACGAAUGGCUCCAACGGGAGCAUUGCAGCCCGAAGAAGCCCACCACCGGAUCAAGAUCCGUGGUUCCCGGGUCGACGGCUGGACCGUCGUCGCUCCGCCGACGAGCUCACUACUCGGCGCAGCUUCAAUGGCAGUGAAAUCACCGACAGCAUGCAGACCAACUGCAGUGACACACCGCGUCUUGGAACGACGACCGCCGAGUCCCCUACUAUCUACCCUUUUAACACCGUCGCCUCCAAAGCCAGUGAACUUCUGGGGCCUGGAAGUCCCAACAACCCUGUCAUCGACUCUUUCGAUGUCUUCCAUGAUGCACAGGAGGAAGUGGACUCUUCGAGUGUCAAUCGGAGCCACAGCCCCCGAAAGGCCAUGACUCCCGAGCCGCGGUCAAUGGGCUACGACUCAUCCCCGCCGCUCACGCCCCAGGACUGGCUGGCAGCUGCAAAGCAAGGACCCCGGUCUCGCAAAGAACGAGCUCCUACGACGCAGAAGGAGGAGUUGCCCAUGGCAGAGCCGCCGCGUGUCCUCAGCCAAGCUGCAUUCCACGAUGAUCGUAGCAUCGACUCAUACCCUACCGCUGAGGCCGAAGUCCCAGGGAUCCCGACCCUGGAUAUGGCCGAUCUCGACCUACUGGAGCAGCCCCCGGUUGGACCUAUAGCGACAUCUAAGCUUGAACCAGAGCCCGAGCCCGAGCCCGAACCCCGUCGACGUCUUAGCUUCCGGCCACCUUUCUUCGGCCGCUCAAGCAACGCCUCCCGCCGUCUCCAGUCCUCGCCCAUGAUAUCCGAAUUCCCGGACGAUGACGAGGACGGUGCCCCGUCUCCCAUUAUCCCCAAGACCAGAAACAUAGGCGGGGCCUCGCGGCGUCCCACAUCCCAGAUCAUCGCCGAUUCCCCCGACCUGUACUCGUCCAGUCUCCCACCCGCUUGCGACGGCUUUGGCGGCAAUUUUGGGACCGGCUUGCCUCCGUCUUUCAGGACAUCGGUCAUGGCCGCGCACUCUGGCUCCACCACUAUCUCUGCGCGCCCGUCGACCUCCCACAGCGCGGACCACAAACGCCGCAGCUCCCUUGGGAUCUUCAGCUGGGUCAAGGGAGUCAGUGGGAAGCUUUCGGACUCUCCUGGCGCCACCACUGCCAAAGAGCCGCGGACCUCGUCACGUCUCGCUUUCGAGGAUGGCUUUGGUAUUGCCCGAGCCUCUACACCCGAGUCCAUGGAUGUCCCCGUUGUUCGUCCCCAUUCGGAGAUGACAGUCCGCAAUGAGGACCAUGCUCGCGUACCCCGGUAUAUGGGACGACGAGCUCGCAGGGCUUGA